AUGCAAGGUGAUAAAUCAUUGAAAUAAGCAAAACAGAAUCAAUUAUAUCAACUUCAACAUCUUGUGGAAUUGAAGGUUAAAAAUCUAGGGGCAAAGAUUUAGUCCCUUUUAGAAGAAGAUAAGAAACUAAAGUAAUAACACUAGAAUCAGUAGUAAAGUCUGGGUGAUGAGUUCAAGAAACUUAGAGAAUUUCUCGAUACUUAUUAGCAAUAGUACGAAUAGUUAAUGAUGGAUUAGUAUACAAUACAUAUAACCAAGAUUCAUAGCACUGUGGAAAAUUACAGAGUAUAAAUUAGCAGACUAGAUGAAAUUAAGAUUUAGACGAUAAACUAUCUCAAAAGGUUCAGAACUUGGCAAUAUAACAAAGUAUUAGUAGAAUCAUGUUAAAUCGAUGAAAAUGUGAACAAGGACUUGAAAGAAAUUAAGGAACUAUUAGAGAGUAAUUUAAAGAGUAAUUACCAAUUUGGGAGGGAAGUUCUCAUAGAUAAAUUUAAGAUAGACUCAAAUUUUGUGAUUGGUCAAAUUCUUUCACAUUUCUAAAAUGCCUCAAAUAGAAGCUUGUAGCCUAAUAAAAACUAGGAGCUUCACGAUUCUAAAUAAUAUUGGGAGCUUUUAUCUAAUUCAAUUAUUUCCUAAGAUGAAGAUGAUUAUAAAAAUAGUAAUUUUUGA